GGAAACCCGUUUCCUGACCUCUUCUAAAUUAACACACACAGAGACAGAACCAUGUCUCAGAGUGCGAAAACACCCCGUGAAUCGGUGCAAGUCUUCGGACGAAAGAAAACCGCUACGGCGGUGGCCCAUUGCAAGCGUGGAAAUGGCGUCCUCCGAGUGAACGGCAAGCCCUUGGAGAUGCUUGAGCCUAAAGUACUGAAGUACAAGCUGAUGGAGCCUGUCCUGCUUUUGGGUAAGGAGCGAUUCCAGGGAGUUGACAUCAGAGUCCGAGUCAAGGGAGGUGGACGUAUCGCACAGAUCUAUGCUAUAAGGCAGGCCGUCUCAAAGUCGUUGGUCUCAUACUACCAGAAAUACGUCGACGAAGCCUCCAAGAAGGAAAUCAAGGACAUCCUAAUCCAAUACGACAGGUCACUCCUCGUCGCCGAUCCCAGACGCUGCGAGCCCAAGAAGUUCGGAGGUCCCGGACCCCGGGCCCGUUACCAGAAAUCAUACCGUUAAGUCAACUCCAAAUUGUCUCGGCGGAUCAGCUCCAAGACUUGGAAUACUUUUGGGACUCCUCAUCAGUUACAAAGAUGUUCUUUCAAAGUCUUGAACCUUAUCCUAAGAUUUCUGUUCUUCAUCACCAUCUCUGAUUUGACCGGCCCCUUUUGCAAAAUGAUUUGCAGCGUUCUCUACACUGUUGUGACAUGGGGCCUGAUGAUGUCGUGUGUAAAGCAAGUUUAAGUAAAUAACAAUAAAGUAAGCGGGAAAGAAA